AUGACGCCGGGGGAGAGGAGCCUGCCGGAGAACGCCCUCGAAAGCCUGAACUGGGAAAAGCGCUUCAUUACCGAGCGCGCCGAAGAGGUCGCGCGGAUGGACAAUCCCUCCGGCGGCCGCUUCAACAACGCCGACCGCCGUGCCUGGUGGUACGGGCGCGACAUCGACCGCACGCUUCGGGAGUACGGCUACCAUCCACGCGUCCGUGGGCAACGGGAGCCGGUCUACUUCCCGCAGGCGGCGACCAUGGCGUCGCCGCCUACCAAGCAGAGGGCGCCGGAACGGACCGCAGCGUCCGGAACCUCGCGCACGGAAUCGUCCGCCGUCGGACGCACGCGCUCGGCCGCGCCCGCACCUCCUUCCGGACGCGUCGUCAUCCGCGACAACGCCAGGCGCGCCUCCUCUGCUCCGGCUCAUUGGACGAUUGGGUCGGGCCGCCGCUCCCGCGUCAAGGAGGAGGACGCCUCGCCACCACUUCCGCUGGCGAAGAAGACGUGCGCCCUCGCCGUCCGAGGAAGGCGACCACCCCAACAGAGAGACACGAACCAGACCAUCGCGCCGCAUAGCAUGAGCAACACCGGCGGCGAGGAGGCGCUGAGGCAGCAGUACGUCCUCGGCGACGAGAUCGGGCGGGGCCGUUUCGGUGUCGUCCGCCGCUGCUACUCCGCCGCCACGGGGGAGUCCCUCGCCGUCAAGUCCACCCCCAAGGCGCCGCUCCGCGACAAGUCUGACCCGCUCGACCUGGCCCUGGCCGAGCAGGAGCCCAAGGUGCACCUCCUGGCCUCGGCGCCGCCCUGCAGCCCGCACGUGGUCGCGCUCCACGCCGCCUUCGAGGACGCCCACGCCGUCCACCUCGUCGUCGACCUCUGCGACGGCGGGGACCUCUUCUCCCUCAUCUCCGCCCGCGGCCGCCUCCUUCCCGAGCACGAAGCCGCCCGGAUCGCGGCGCAGCUCGCCGCCGCGCUCGCGUCCUGCCACCGCCGCGGGGUCGCGCACCGGGACGUCAAGCCCGACAACCUCCUCUUCGACGCCGCCACGGGCGCGCUCAAGCUCGGCGACUUCGGCUCCGCGGAGUGGUUCGGGGACGGGCGGGCGAUGGCGGGGCUGGUCGGCACGCCCUACUACGUCGCGCCCGAGGUGGUCGCCGGGAGGGAGUACGGCGAGAAGGUGGACGUGUGGAGCGCCGGCGUGGUGCUGUACAUGAUGCUCUCUGGCACAGUGCCCUUCUACGGCGCCACCGCGCCCGAGAUCUUCGAGGCCGUGCUCCGCGGCACCCUGCGCUUCCCGCCGCGCGCCUUCGCCUCUGUCUCGCCCGAGGCCAAGGACCUCCUGCGCCGCAUGCUCUGCCGGGACGUUUCACGGAGGCUCUCCGCCGAGCAGGUCCUGAGGCAUCCAUGGAUCGUGAGCCGUGGGGGAAAUGCGGUGGCGGACUGA